GUUCACUGCGUCGUGUCUGGUCCGGAAAACAAACAAACAAAAAUUAGAAAAAUAGCAUUAAAUAUUCGGAAAAGUGACUUUUUGAGAGGGCACAAUGGAACGUCCGGCCCUGCUGCAGAAUGGAGAGAUUGGCAACAUGGAUUCUUCUACAACCAGGCUGGUUAGCAAGCCAUUUCCCAAGCCCUUCUCGAUUGAGAGUCUGAUUGCCAACCAAACACCUGCCAAUACCGCACCACCAUCACCGCCAGAAGAACGGGAUCAGGAGCAGGAGCCAGAACAGGAGCAGGAAUUGAGUGCCCGGGCCAUGGUGGCCAGUUCCGCCUUGGGUCUCACCCAGUUCCCGCUGUACAAUCCCUGGCUGCAUGGCUAUUUCGCCCAAAACCACGAGAGAUUAACGCAUUUAAUUGCCGGCGGUUGUUACCUGCCAUCCAAUCCAGCUAGUCAUCCGGCUUCACAGCAACAACAGCCUCAACAACCGCCGCCGCCACCACCACAUGCCUUAGAUAAGCAGCUUCCACCCACCUUACCGCAUCCGCUUGAUACGCGUUUCCUGCCUUUCAAUCCCGCCGCCGCCGGAGUUGCGCCCACAGAUCUGAGCUACCGGCGAUUGGCUGAGCUCAUGAACCAGGAUUACGUCCAUAGCCUAAGUGUCCAUGCUCGACUGCAGCAUAUGGCCGCCGCCGGCAGGAUCCACGAGGAUCAAUCAAAUCCCGGCUUGGUACAGCUCCAGGAGCCAUCACCUCCGCAGGCUCACUCGUCGCCAGCAAAGUCAGGAAGCCAUAGUCCUGCGGAGCCGACACUGGAUGUGGGCAUGGACGAGGACUUUGAGUGCAGCGGUGACUCCUGCAGUGACAUUAGCCUGACCAUGUCCCCCAGGAACUAUAACGGAGAGAUGGACAAGAGCCGCAAUGGAGCAUAUACCAAUUCGGAUAGUGAGGAUUGCAGUGAUGACGAAGGAGCACAUUCUCGGCAUGAGGGUGGCGGUUUGGGUGGCAAGGACUCGCAGGGUAACGGUUCUAGUUCCAGCUCCAAGUCCCGUCGCCGGCGUACAGCCUUUACAUCGGAGCAGUUGCUGGAACUCGAGCGGGAGUUCCAUGCCAAGAAGUAUCUUAGCCUCACGGAGCGUAGUCAAAUAGCCACCAGUCUGAAAUUAAGCGAAGUUCAGGUGAAAAUCUGGUUCCAAAAUCGACGAGCCAAGUGGAAAAGGGUCAAGGCUGGACUUACGUCGCAUGGCUUGGGUAGGAAUGGCAGCACCAGUGGCACCAAGAUCGUGGUGCCCAUCCCAGUGCAUGUUAACCGUUUUGCCGUACGAUCCCAGCACCAGCAGCUGGAGAAGAUGUGCCUCAGUGGACCGAAGCCGGAUCUGCGCAAGAAGCUCUCGGCAGAGGCGAUCGGAGGGUUUGAGAAGUUCAGUGGAGCUACAAAUGCCCCGCCGCCAGCAGGUGGAACUGUGGGACUGGGAGUGGGGGUAGGUUUGGGCGUAUCCACACCUCUCUCCCUUGCCAGAAGUAUCUAUUGAUAGAGUUGGGCUGCCAAGACAUGCGAGUGUAAAUACCUAAUGAGGCAGUUCAGCUGCAAACGGAGUUUUCUUUUUGUAAAUAAACGAACAAAA